AUGUCAGCUGAGGACAUGAUGUCCCAACCCAUAAAAAGUCCAUUUCUUUGCGUCCAGUUUGGCAUACUCUUGAUUUCUUCCAACACUAUCUUCGCAAGCACAUCACGCCACAAAUCACGCUACCAUGUCGCGCCGGACCUUGAGUCUCUUCGGCCAGGUAAUCUAGUUGUUGUCCGCUAUGAGUCACAAUACCAUCUUAGACAACCAGUGGUCCUGGUCGUCGUCGAGACUGGCAGUGCACAAAGCGGCGAAGGACCACUGCGGCGUACGAAGCUCAUCAAGUGGAGGCAUAUGUACAGCGACAGGGAAGUACAUGCCUUACAACAGACUCUGGACGCAUUAGACCUUAACGACCACGAUCCACAUGCAGUCGUUAACACCUUCCAGUGA